AUGGACAAUCCGACCGAAAGCGACGAGCUUUACCCUAUUGCCGUCCUCAUUGACGAGCUCAAGCAUGACGAUGUGCUUCUUCGGUUGAACGCGAUUCACCGACUUUCAACGAUUGCCUUGGCCUUAGGUCCUGAGAGGACACGAGACGAACUGAUUCCCUUUCUUGAUGACUCCGUCGAAGAUGAAGAUGAAGUGUUGACAGCCCUAAGCGAGGAGCUGGGCAAUUUUGUCGAGUACGUCGGCGGUCCGGAAUAUGGGCACGUGCUUCUUUCGCCGCUUGAGAAUCUGGCCGCCAUAGAGGAGCCUCUGGUCCGGGAAAAGGCUGUCGAGUCUCUCAACAAGAUCUGCGACCAGCUAUCUUCAAAGCAGGUCGAGGAUGAUUUCAUACCGAUGGUUCUAAGUCUUUCCAAAGCGGAUUGGUUUACCUCGAAAAUCUCGGCCACUGGCUUGUACUGUGCUCCUUAUCGUAAAGCCUCCGCCGCCGUACAGCAGGGUCUUCGUCAACAGUUCGGUAAUCUCGUGCACGAUGAGACCCCGAUGGUGCGAAGACAGUCGGCCAACAACUUAGCCAGGUUCAUCAAGGAGAUGACUCCUACAGUGAUCAUCGAAGAGAUUAUCCCACUAUUCCAAUACCUCACAAACGAUGACCAGGACAGCGUCCGUCUGCUGACUGUCGAGAUUCUUAUAUCAAUUGCGGAGGAAAUUCCCAAGGAGCAACAAUCAAGCCACGGGGUCCUUUUGACAUCGUUACGGAGCUUGUUUGAGGAUAAGAGCUGGAGAGUCAGAUACAUGGUGGCAGACAAAUUCGAAAAGAUUGCAAAAGCUGUCGACGACGAGGUCGUCGUUCGAGACCUUGUCCCUGCGUUUGUUAAGCUAUUAAAAGACACGGAAGCCGAGGUUCGCACUGCUAUUUCAGGGCAGAUUCCAGGUUUCUGUACCCUAAUCGACCGUGAUACCCUACUUAACGAAAUCAUGACCAGUAUUGAAGAUCUAGCCUCUGACCAGUCUCAACACGUUCGCGGAGCAUUGGCCACUCAAGUCAGCGGACUUGCCCCCAUUCUUGGGAAAGAAGAGACUAUCGCCCACCUUCUCCCCAUGUUCCUUCAGAUGCUCAAGGACGAACAUCCCGAAGUCCGCCUCCAUAUUAUCUCAAAGCUUGACAUUGUGAAUAAAGUGAUUGGAAUUGACCUGCUUUCACAAUCAUUGCUGCCGGCAAUUGUGCAGCUAGCCGAAGACAAGCAAUGGCGUGUGCGCCUGGCUAUUAUCGAAUACAUUCCUCUCCUCGCUAGUCAACUUGGAGUCCAGUUUUUCGACGAACAAUUGAGCAACCUUUGCAUGGGCUGGCUAGGCGACACCGUGUUCUCCAUCCGUGAGGCAGCAACACAGAAUCUGAAAAAGCUCACUGAGGUAUUCGGUGUUGAAUGGGCAAAUGAGUCCAUCAUUCCCAAGGUUAUGGCCAUGGGCCAACACCCAAAUUACUUAUACAGAAUGACGACGUGUUUUGCUAUUUCGACUCUUGCCCCCGUGGUUAAUCUUAGCAUCAUUGACAGUUCUAUCCUCCCAAUUCUGGAACGGCUGGUCAAUGAUGACAUUCCAAACAUUAGAUUCAAUGUCGCAAAAUCCUACUCUGUAUUGAUUGACACUCUACGCCGACUCCCCGCAGAUGGCACUCUUCAAGACGUUGAAAAAUCCGACGAGACCAAGACCCCCUCGCCACAGGGCCAAGAACUCAUCCAGCAACGGAUAGUACCCCAGCUCGAGAAAUUGCAAGAAGAUGAUGAUGUUGAUGUUCGUUAUUUUGCUACAACUGCUGCGGGUGGGCAGGACGAGGCCAUGCAGACUUCACCAUAG